AUGUCAACAGAUCAUACACAACAAUUGGACGUGACGAUGCCUCGGUAUUACUGUGACUAUUGUGACACUUACUUGACGCAUGAUUCUCCUUCUGUAAGGAAGCAGCACAAUGCAGGGUACAAACACAAGGCAAAUGUUCGAAUCUACUAUCAGCAAUAUGAAGCACAACAAAAUCAAUAUUUGAUUGACCAAAAGGUGAAGGAGCAUCUUGGACAAGCUGCUGCAUAUCAGCAAGUUGGUGCUGCUUACAAUCAACUAAGGCCUCGUCUUCCUAUUCCAAUGAUGCCAAUUCCUGGGAAUCCGCAGAUGUCAAUGAACCCAUCAUUAAUCCCUGGAAUGAGGCCACUUGCCCCUUUGCCCAGACCCAUGCCUGGAUAUCCUGGGAUGCCUCCAAUGUUCUCACCACCGGGCACAUCUUCCAUGCCCGGUCAGGUCAAUCCGUCAAUGCCCGGUCAGGUCAACCCGUCCAUGCCUGGUCCCGGUCAGGUCAACAAUGGUAUGCCAAGGCCAAUAACAAUGAAUGCUCCAGGGAGCUCGGGAACCCCAACCCCUACUUCAGGUGCACCUCCAAUGUUUAACCCAAACAUGUAUCAACCCAACCUGAAUGCACCGCCAUCUGGAGGUUUUGAGACUUCAAAUGCCCCUGCGCAAUCUCAGGAAGCUGACCAUUGAUCUCUUUACAAUUUACAAAACACUGUUGUGUCUUUUUUUUUUU